AUGUCAGAGAUAGAAAAACUAAAAGGCGAAGUAGCGCACUGGAAAGCGUUGGCUGAAAAGUACAGUACAAGCUUGACUUCAAAACAGAAAGAAUUGGACGAGUACCAGGUGGAAAGUCGUGAACUAGAAGCGGAACUUGAUCUGCAGUUGGACCAGUGUACGAAAGAAAAUACGUAUCUGAACAACCGCGUGAAACAGCUGGAGAUGGAACGAGAUAGUUUUAAGUCGAAACUUGACGGCUUGCAUUUCGAGCAGUGCGAACAGAACACCCGUUUAGAAGCGCAGCUGAACGAAAUGAAGAACGACAACGAGCGGCUGCAACGCUACGUCCGUCAGUUGGAGCAGAAUAACGAUGAUUUAGAGCGAGAGAACAGGAGGAUCGCCGUGUCGUUGAGCGACUGUGAGAAGAAAUACAACGAUGUAAGUCAUCAUCAGUUUGUUAGCGAGUAA